AUGUCUUCAGACUGGGAUCAGGUGACUGUUCUGCGGAAGAGAGCGCCGAAAGCGUCGGCCAUGAAGACUGCGGCGGCGAUCAAUGCGGCACAAAAGCAGGGCAUCCCUAUCGAGACGUCCAAGAAGUACAACGCGGCCACCAACAAACACGCCUCCACUUCCAUGAACACCACGAAACUCGAUCGCGAGACCGAAGAACUGCAUCACAACACCGUCGGGACGGAUGUGUCGCGACUCAUACAACAGGCGCGCCAACAGCUGGGGAUCACCCAAAAGGAUUUGGCCACUAAGAUAUGCGAGAAGCCACAGGUCGUCAAUGAGUACGAGUCCGGCAAAGCUAUUCCCAACCAACAGGUGAUCAACAAACUCGAGAGAGCGCUCGGAGUGAAGCUCAGGGGCAAAGACAAGGGACAGCCCAUCGCUCCCAAACCCAACAAAAAGUAA